GUAGUUCUGUUUAUUUCAUAACAUUGUUUACUUGCGUAGUGUCUAAACUCGGUCGCUUACAGUAUUACCAGCCAAGUACACGAAUAUGACCGAUGAAUCUAUUUGAAUCAAUUCUGUGGAUAGUUUUUGACAUCUCAUCAUUUUAAAACACCUGUCGAUGGUUACAGCAGGUAGACGGAUGUACAAUGGAAACCUGGCGGGCCGUCGCGCGGAGCAAACACUAUGGGGAAGACACCAGAGAUAUGAAGGGUAGUGACGUUCCUUUCAACAUUUCACUACCGUUGCUGGGGAUUGGACUGCUAUCUCUUCUCCUCAGCCUCACCUUCUGUUGUUACAUGUGGAGAUUGCGAUGUAAGGCUCGUCAGGAACAAGGUUAUAGAAGAAUAAAAUUUAAGACGGGCAAAAAGAGGAAACUUCCAAAUGAUACUUGUCCUGUGUGUAUCGAGGAGUUUGAACAGUCAGAAUAUGUGGCCAUAUGUCCGUGCAACCACUGCUUCCAUAUGAAGUGCCUACUGGAGUGGCUACGAUAUCAGAAUGCCUGUCCCAUGUGUAAGGCUCCCGUCCAGUCCUUGCCUUCCCCAGGGGAAAGAACUGGCCUCAUUCCACUUGACCGGAGGACGCAGAGCUCAGAAACGCCUGGAACGUCUACUGUUGAGACAGUUUAAUUACAUACCUGUAAAUAAAUUGAGGGACCUCGGAUACUUAUUGUGAUAUAUAUGAACAAAGGCACUUGACAGAUAAGUUGUGGAUGUUGCAAACUUAUUCCUCCAGUGACAAAGCAAACUUAUUCUUUGGUGAAAAGACCGGAUUAUACAAUACCGUGUUUGUGAAACUGAAUGAUGUAUCCUGAAAGUUUUACAGGCAAUAUUUCUGGGAGAAGAUUUCCAGACAGUAUUUCUGGGAGAAGAUUUCCAGACAGUAUUUCUGGGAGAAGGUUUCCAGACAGUAUUUCUGGGAGAGGGUUUCCAGACAGUAUUUCUGGGAGAAGGUUUCCAGACAGUAUUUCUGGGAGAAGAUUUCCAGACAGUAUUUCUGGGAGGUGUUUUCCAGACAGUAUUUCUGGGAGAAGGUUUCCAGACAGUAUUUCUGGGAGAAGGUUUCCAGACAGUAUUUCUGGGAGAUGGUUUCCAGACAGUAUUUCUGGGAGAUGGUUUCAAGACAGUAUUUGUGUCUGUUUAUAUGGAACUAGACUGAUAUUGGUCACCAUUUUCACUAAAAUUAAAAAUUUUGAUUAUGUUUAGACAAACUCCGAUGAAAAUUGGAAAGCUGUACUAUCAAGUGCCUUUUGCAAAAUAUGUGUCUUAGAAAUUUAAAUACAAUUAUUGACAAAAAUAGUUGGUAUGAAUGUAUAUCAGGAAGUGGAUGGGAUGAUUAUGCCUCCCUCGUGAUACAUAUUCUGUGUUCAUAACAUCACAUGUUCCACAGGAUCACCAUAUUCCAUUGCAUCAUUGUUAAUGUUUGAUAAUAUGCAAAUUUUAUGAGAUAUUUUUAAUGGUCAUAUAAUUUGUUCAUGUUAAACAUUGUACGUUGUUGAGAUAAUUGUCCUUCUAACUUAGUACUUUUGAUACGGACCUCAGCCUCAGUACCAACCAGGUGGUAAAUCAGUCUGAUGUCUCAUAAGGUGCAAACCCUCUGUAAAUUGUACACAGGCAAUUUUUGUAUCAUAUCUAGUUAGAAGGUCUCCGCAACUUGGUUUGAAUUUAAAUCAUUCCUUUUGAAUUAUCAUACAGUUGUUAAUAUUACCUUUAGUAAUAAACGGGCCACAUUUAGAUAUGGGAUUCCAGGUGACAUAACUCGUUAACUGUUCACUUGAUAGUUGUGUCUAACAGUAAUGUAUCAAUGGUACGAAACUUAGCAAAUCACUUUUCAUUUUGCCCCAUUUGUCAGCAUAGCAUCACUUAAACCUAGCUGUGACAACACAAUUUAACCUGAGGUGAUUUUUUUUUGUUUUUACCAAAUGACAAGCACAAACUUAACAGAACUACCUUAUCCAGUACUAGCAUACAGAUUAAAGCCUGCAGAGUAUUGUUCGUUGCAAGUGUCGAAUUUAAGGACAGUGCAGAAAUUUUAACAAAUCCAACUCUUAGGGCCCUACACUGAAGUUUUCAAAACAUUGAACCUUCUUGACAACAAAAUUCCAACCUUUUUUUUAACCCUUGUGACCUUGAAUGUGAGACAAUGUUCUCACUUAAACAAACUUGGUAGUCCUUCAUACUGCCAUGCUACAGGCCCAAUAUCAGACCUCUGGGCCUUUCGGUUAUUGAGAAGUUACUUGAAGAUUUCAACAUAAUUUAGCCCUGUGACCUUGAAAGUGGGUCAAGGUCAUUCACUUUUCAUUCAUUCAUUCAUUCAUUCAUUUCUGGUAUUAAGCUGAAUUCAUUUAGGGUUUUCAAUCUGAUAUAUCAGUUGAAAAAUAUCCAUUUUUGUAAAAAUAAUGGUUUAAUUUCCUCACAUUUAUUUUAUUUUGUUAGAAUUUCUUUCUAAUAAUUAGAUUGUCAGUAAAAUAUCAGAGUAUUUGAGUUGAGUGGCCUAAUGUUAAUUUGACUUUUAAAGCAAAUAUAUAUUUUUUUGAUUGCUCAGAAAUAAGCCUUAUGUUUCGUCAAAACAAUUGAUAUCAUUAUUGUAUACUAACUGUUUUACUAACUGGUACAUCCUGAAGCUCUUCGGAUCACUAACCUGAUAAAGUGUAUGUAUGUUAAAAUGCCACUGAUUAUGAUAUCUGAUAUUGAUGAUAAUUAAUGUUUUGAAAUGUAUAUUUUCCAACAAUAUAAGCAUACAUAUAAUAUAUAUAUAACAAUAGUACUGUCAUGAGUUAUUGUUUCAUGUUUAGAAAAAGUUGUUAUCUGUUUGUUGUAAUUUUUAUCACUGUAAAUACAGUUCUGAUAUAAAUGCCAAUAAAACAAAUAUUUUCAUAGAUAAAUAGAUUUCAAAUAUAUGUUAUCUUAAUUGUACUCCAAUAUUAAUGUAAAUACCAUGUUUAUGUCUUAACAUUCCUGAAAUAUCCAUGUUACUUCAUGUUGUCCAUUUUGGCUUUUGUUUUAAAUAUUAGUUGUUGUGUCCUUAACCCACCAAUGCAUAUCACUAUUGAUAACUAACAAGUGCUUUUUUGUUCACCCUCUGAUAAGCCCACCCUCAGAGCCAGAAUUUUUGUGUUCGCCCCGGUGCUUGUGUAAAACAUGUGUGGUGACUUUUUUUAUUUCUGUCUGAAGUGAAUUGUUUACAAAUUGUUAUAAAUUUUUGUUUGCUUGUCAAGAACAUCACUUAAUGAGCCUAAAUCAGUUAAGUUUAUUGAAAUAAUAUUGAUGUUUCAAAUCAGUGUUCACAUUACAAGUACUUACUUAUCAGAAAUGGACUUGACACAAAUCAAUGAGUAUUCAUGCCUGGUGACUAUUAAAUACAAGAUUUGCAAUACAGAGGUGGAACACACCUUCAAAAUCCAAGGGUUUUCAUCCUCAACAUACAAUAUCUUAUCCAUGCUUUUUGGAAUUUGUCAUGGCAGAUUUGAGGCCCCUUGGUUGAAGUAAAUUUUGUCUGAUUCCAAACAAUGAAACUGACAAAUCGCCAUGAUGUCCAAUAAAGAUUUCAGAGACAAUGAAGUAGGUAAAUGUUAUCUUCUUGCUGCAUUAGGCCUUGAUAAACAUUGGAACACUAGUUCCAAAAGAGCUAAUUUUGACAAAAUUUAAGUAUGAAAAAUAACAAAUAGGGCAAUAACUCCUAAAUUAUACAAAAGAGAGUUAAGGUUCUUGAACACUGCACUUUUCUUUAUAGAGAUCUAUCUACCUAUGAAGUUUCAUGUUGUUACCUUUCACUGUCCAGACAAAAUAAUGACAGAUGGACAGACAAAUUAACAAACAAAAAUGAACAGAAAGACAAAAAAAGUGGCGACAUGCCCCCCUCCUACGGGGAACAAAAUAAAGUCUAUUUGAAACCUGAAGAAAUUAAGUGGUUUAGUGACAGAAAUUUAGGAUAGAUAUUUUAAGACUUGCUGCAGCCUACAAAAUAGCUGGAGCAUGAAAAUCCUAAACAUAUCGCCCACUAAGUGACACAAAAAGAAUGUUCUACUUUGUCGUGACAUUUUCCCAUGGUGUGGAAAAGAUUGUUUUAUUGAUGGUUGAACUUUUGUAUUUUGAAAUCUAGGUUCAGAUAAUUCUUCAAGGCAGAUGGAGAGUUACAAUUCUGUUGAAAAUUCAUCGAACUCAAUAGAGGCAAACAUUUCAGCAAAUAUUAGUUUUGGUAAAAUUUUACAAAUUGUAAAUGUUUUUGGUCAAAUUUUAUAAAAAUAAAAAUCCUCAAUAUUCAAUUCAAAUAUAUACACUCUGAUGCUGUUAAAUAUAUUCCUGAUAUGAUAUGAAUGAUAUUUUACAUGAUCGUUUUAUUGCAAAUAAAUCAUUUAAUAUUAAA